AUGAAGGAGAAAAAGAAGAGAAUUCAAGCCUUGAGGUUGCAGACAUGUGGGGGUUACAUCAACGAGCGAAAGCUAGAACAUCGAACUAUGGUCCACAGAAAGUUCCUUGAGUUAUCAAACCUUAAAACGGGUAGGUAUGGUAUGGUACCUGCUGAGGGUAUUGAGGGUAGAGGAACCUUCAUGAUCUUCUCGGCCCACAUCAUCACUGUCAAGGCUGAUGCUAACUGCUUUAAGAAAGAUCGUUGA